UCUGAACUCCAGAACAUGCAAUAUGAAAAUGUCCUGGAUGACCAAUCACCAUAAGCAAGCAUCACCUUGCUAGAACACUAAAUGGUAGCGCGACACCGUCAUACUUCCGAACGGUCCGCCGAGGCGUCCUUGAAAGUGUAAACACACCCCACAAUACCCUCUGUCUUCCCGCAUGAGUCUCUUCAAGUCCUCACACACCUUUCGUUCGCCUGUUUCUCGUGCUCUUCUCCCCAUCUUGUCCUAUUGACCGACAAUGGGCGUCACCCUCUCCACCAACUCCGCCCUCGCCCCCAUCUCCUUCGCGUCCACCGUCAUCGGCUUCAUCAGCUUCGCCUUCACACUCGCAACCUUCCUCAACGUGUUCUGGAGCAACCUCCUUACCUUCUUCAGCGCACCCACCGAAAUACACGACUACCUCUCGAACCUCAAGCAGGGCCUCUACGAAGAGCGGACCCAUCUGCGGCGUGCGCGCCGCCGCGACCGCCGAAAGAGCGUGGGGAGUCGCACACGAGAGAAAGAUGCUGGGAUUCGCUCGUUUACGAGGGGCCACUCGCAGGACGAGGACGUGGCGUUGCGGGUCAUGCGUGAGACGAUCAAGCAUAUGAUACGGCAGUUUCGGGCGCUUGAGCGGCCGUUUUUGAGGGAUAGGGCGGGGUUGGCGCGAGAGGAGAAGGGGUAUGCGGAUGAGGAUGAGGUUGAGUGGCCGGAUUACUAUAGGACGGAUUACAGGGAGUGUGGGUUUCGGGAGAGGUUUGUGUGGUUGCGGCGGAAGAAUGAUGUUGUGAAUUUGCUGGAGGGAUUGGCUAGGGUGGAGACGAGGAGGAUUGCGAAGGAGGUUGGGGACGUUGCGAUGAUGGUGAGAGACCUUGGAAGAGACCUCGCGGACAUGCAUGACUCUGUCUACGGACUUGAGCAGAGACUAUCGAGAGUGGUGGGAAUAAGACGGGUUGAUUGAGCAAAAAGACGAGAAUGAGUCUUAUCCCACCAGCUAACUUUAUUAAUCUAAAAGCAAUAAUCCAUCCGUAUGUACACCCCACGGCCG